AUGGCCCACUCGUCGCCUGUAUCGGAGCCCCUUCUACAAGCUGCAUUCGAUCAGCUAAACGAGUCUAUCGAUCUAUCAGAUAAUGAACGACACCUCCUUCACCAGCUGGAUGCAAAUACAGAUACAUUGAUUUCCGACAUCAACGAGAUGAAAAAAGUUUCACGACCCCCAAAAUCUCGAGAUUGUCUCGACAAGCUUGCAAAUAUCGUCUCCAGCAUUGAUCCUUUCGUCUCCGUGGUACAUUCUCCUGGGGUGAAAGUGGUAUUGGGAGCGGUCAAGCUUCUGAUCAACCUAGCUCAAAAGGCUGUGAGCUUGUUUGAGAAGGUCACCGAUGCACUGGAACAACUGAGCCAUCGUAUGCGAUAUUUCGGAGAUUAUGCGAGGCUGUAUUCAGACGACGAACAUGUAUCCAAGGCGCUCACACAGAUUUACUUCGAUAUCUUCCAACUAUGCUUGACGGUUCGUCGCAUGUUUUUCAACAAGCACGGGAAACCUCGGCACCGCAUCUGUCUCCUCUAUCGGAGCGCCUUCAAUGGAAAGGUGGAUGAAUGUAUCAAGACAUACGGCCAGCAUUUCCAGAUACUCAAAGGAGCGCGCCAGCAUGCAGACCUCAUGCGACAGAGGCGACUCGAACAGGAAGCGGCAGAUCGCCGUGCCCAAGAGGAACGGGAGAGAGAGAAGAGGAGACAGGAACUUGCACAAGAGGCAGCAGAGCGCGAGCGUAGACGCAUCCAAGAGGAACGGGAGAGAGAAGAGCAGAGGAAGAGGCAAGUAGCAGAGGCGGCAGAACUUCGUAUCAAGGAGCGGGCCGAGAAGGAAGCGAGGCGGAAACAAAGGGAACAAGAAGAAGAGAGGCGGCGAGAGGAAGAUAAACGAAGAACUUGCAGAGAUUCCCUCCUCGCUCGUCUCAAAACAGUCCCGAUGGAAGACGAGCAUGACAAAAUCAAUGCCGUGGCCGCGGAUGAUUCUGGGACCUGGUUUCUCCAGACUGAAUCUUUCUCCAAGUGGAUGAGAGGUGAUGUUCAAAGUUUAUGGUGCUAUGGAAAACCUGGGUGUGGAAAGACUGUCUUAGCAUCUGUGGUCAUCAGCCAUCUACGACGCGAAUUCCCUGAAGCCGCGACGGCUUUCUUCUAUUGCAGUUUCCGCUCCGUAGAUCGCCGAGAUUCAACAACCAUGUUGCAUACAAUGGCAAGUCAAGUGCUCUCGCUGCGACCCCCCUCCGCGCCGGUAUGGGCUCGGGUUGUGGAUGACGGACGAUACAGUGCGGCACACAUCAGCUUGGCGGCUGUGAGAGACGUGCUGUGCGAAGCCGCGCAGACACACGACAGUCCGUCUUUCAUGAUCAUCGAUGGACUCGACGAAUGCCUCACGGAAGACCGGGAAACGCUACUUUCUGCACUCGUUGCACUACAAGCCAAGUAUCGGCUUCUGAUCUUCAGUAGGUUUGAAGAACAUCUCGGCCAGUCCGAAGUCCUAUCCACUGCGACGCAUUAUCAAGUUCAACCGUCCGCAGUGACCCCAGAUAUCGAGCGGUAUAUCCGUCGAAGCAUAGAACGAUCCAUCGAAACCCAGAAGCUAAUCAAGUUGGAGGAGAGCACCAAGUCCGAGCUGCUGCGAGGCAUAGUAGACAAAGCGGACGGAAUGUUUCUUUGGGCGUCCCUUCAGCUGCGAGACGUAUGCCAGGAACGCACCGAAGAUGCCGUUCGUAAGGCUGUUCGAAACCUACCUCAUGGUCUCGAAGAAACCUACGCGCAGAUACUACGCAAAAUCGACCAGCUUCCUUCGGAGAGGCGCGAACGAGUUAAGUCUCUUCUCAGAUGGGUUGUCUGUGCGCCGGGCCGUUUGUACAAGAGUGCUCUGGGCGGCAUGGUGGCCGCCCCGAGCAUGACGGCGGGCUGGGACUCGAGCAAAGUUCCGGACCCGGACUCGGUGAUCAGAGACUGUUACAACCUUGUCGACUACGCGCCCGAGGAUGGAGACGGUCACAUCCCACGAGUAUGCCAUUUCUCGGUCAUGGAGUUUCUCUCUUCGCAUCCGGACGGAUAUUCGGGCACUGUCGCUGCGUACCACUUCCAUCCUGCAUUGGACCAUCUAGUCAUACUCGCGGAAUCCUGCAUCACGGUCAUCAUGCUCUCCUACUACAUUCAUCCACCCACCGACGCCACCACAUUCGCGCUUCUAUCAUGGGCGUAUCCUCUACUGCUGCCGCCUGCAACUCGCAUGCGGACGGAAUAUAAGAAACGGAUACGCAAUGCGAUGCGAGAGCUUUCUCGUUUGUGGAAAGGCGCGUACUGGGAGAAAACUCCUAACUGGCCACUGGUAGCUGGCGAUGCGAACACCGCCCUUCCCCUGUUAGACGAUCAUGCAUGUUAUCUGUGCCUGAAGACUGCCUACGGGCUCCCCGACUCGUUUUUCGCCGAUACACCCAAGGGGGAUAAAUGCGUCUCCGCGCUGCACAUCGCCGUGUCGGGGGCUAUUCCUGAUGUCACGGUCGUCCAGGCUCUGUUACAGGCAGGAGCUAGCCCCACAGUCGUCGACAAGAGAAAGCGGACGCCGCUGCACUACGCCGUCAUGGAGCGCUCGGGCUGCGACUCAGACGUGGUCGCGGCCUUGCUAGAAGCGGACGCUGACCCGAAUGCGCUCGACGAGUUCAACCAGGCGCCGUUGCACUAUGCCAUCGCGAAGAACGACGUGGAGAUAGUGGGAGAACUGGUGCGGCACCGGGCUAGUCUGACUGCCCGGGACCUACACGGUCAAACGCCGCAUAUGCAAGCUUUGCGAAACCGCGCCCAUCCCGAGAUUCUGGAGCUGCUUUCGGGACAUCCAACGUCCUAGGGAUCCGUUGCGAUCGAUCCUCGGGGGGAUCGAGACACUGAUUGCAUUGAGUGGACUCCGAACAUGAAGGAAUGUCACGAUCCAGACUUGGUGAGAUUGUCUGCGGAGAGUGGAUAUUAUCGCAACGGAGGAACGGCCGUGCCGUAACGUGGUGUUUGAGGUACUAUUGUAUGAUUCGAGGGAACAUAUGCGGCUAGACGUCGUGUGCUGAUAGGUGUUGUUGUGGAUCGGGGGGAUAGGCAUCCUGGUCGACGUUCGCGGCGGCUGUCCAAUCCUGCCAGUUUCUUUCUAGAAACUGUUAGGUCCCGACACGGGGCGCCAUCGAGGAGACCACAUGGGGCGGUUUCAAGGGAAUGACACUCCCCGAUUUUGGUGAGAUUGCCUUGCAGAUAGUGGUUUCUAUUGAGAUUCGGAGGAAGGGAGGUUCUAGUAACUUAAUGUCCGAGGUAGAACCUCGCAUGGAUGUAUCGCAUGCAUUUUUUGAGGUAUGGCAUACCGCCUUUGUGCGUGAUCACCGGUAUACGGAUGCUUCGCGUUAUGGCAUGGGUGCCUCAGAGAAUAUCCGGGAAGCGCGGAGUGUGCUAGGCUUCGUUUCGACUUGCACGGGUGCGGCACUGUGCCAGCGAGUACCCGCCGUUUUGUGAACGCCCACGUGGUGCGAUGUCAGCGUAACCGCGGAUGACGAGACCAUCAUCCGAAUUUUCCGAGCCGACGACAAUAACUGCUGACAUCGGCCUUUGCGUAGCAGAAAGCUCCGAUGCGUUAGUCCACCGGUUCGGUGAAAGGUUGAAUGUACGUCUCAAUGGUAAAAUUUUC